UUUAUACAUUUUAUAAUAUAUCAAGUAUAAGGUUUGCUUAAAACAAAGAGAAAAGAUCAAGGUAAAACCGAUUUUCUACAAUCGCGAGAUACCUGUGCCACCGGUUGUGCGACCGCCGCAAGAAACGCAUAAUAACAGGUGGCUCCGCGUCGCGGCAGGUGGAUCGGUAUCUUUUUUUUUUAUCUUUUCUGGACGACGGUGUAUGUUCCCCAUUGUUUUCGAGUGAUGCGCACAGUAUCUGAUAGGGCGUAUUGAAGCCAUCGGUAUCCAACACUCGAUCCGUAUUCUUGCCAGCCACAAGUGUCAAUAGGAGAAAAGAAAGAUGACGAUUCGAAAAAAAAAUGUGCUGUGAUCGAUGCAAUUAUUGCGCUGCUUUCCUUGAUCAGGUAGAGGUUAUAUGUAAAAUAAUCUCUGAAGUAUACGCAUGAAAGCUUAUAGAUGUGAUAAAGGAAAGAAGAAAAUAAUGCCACCGUCGUCGCACACAAACUGGACUAAACCCCUUCUGAAGAAUGGACAAACAAUGCAGAUGCAAACGAAACGAACGACGUGUUCACAACAGAAUCAAAAUUCAAACGGUGGUGGUACUGAACACAACGGUAGCCCACUCGACAGAAGAAUCAAAGUUGUUCUAGUAGGCGAUGGUGCCGUUGGAAAAACCAGCCUUGUAGUUUCUUAUUCCACGAACGGUUUCCCAGGAGAAUACGUGCCUACUGCUUUUGAUAAUUAUAAUGUGGUAGUUAAUGUUGAUGGUCAACCAGUAAAUAUUCAACUAUGCGACACAGCAGGGCAAGAUGACUUUGAUCCUUUAAGGUCAUUGUGUUAUCCAGAAACAGAUGUGUUCUUAGUCUGCUUCAGUGUUGUAUGUCCUUCCUCUUAUCAUAGUGUAACUUCUCAUUGGGUAAAUGAAGUUAAAAAAUAUUGCCCAAAUGCACCAAUCAUUAUGGUAGGUACAAAGAGUGACUUAAGGUCGGAUGUACAUCUUAUGUUACAAUUAGCAAGAUAUGGUCAAACACCAAUUACAACAACACAAGGACAUCAAUUGGCUCAAAGGGUAGGAGCUGUAAGUUAUGUGGAAACAUCUGCAUUAACUCAACAUGAUCUUAAAGAAGCAUUUGAUCAAGCAAUAGUUAGUGCUCUUAAUACCAGAAGGGGUGGUGCUAGUUUAUUAUAUAGGCGUAGGAAACCUUUAUCAUUAUGGCGCAGAUGGUUGUGUUGUUGGGAAAGACCUUCAAGCGGUGCAUAAAUGUUGAUUAUUAAACUCUCUAAAAUAUCCUCUGUGAUCAAGUGCAACUACUUUGUUAUCAGAGUUUCUUAAUUUUUAUAAAUCUUUUAUCAUUUGAUUUCUCUAAUCAAAAGAAAAAUUGUACAGAUACAGAAGGUUUUAAAUUCUGAUAACUAGGUCGUAUGCCGUUCGUAAAAUUCCUGAAGCCAAGGUAUGGCAUAAUUUAUUAUAUCAUUAAUUAUAUUUUUGUUACUAGUAUGUAAUUGGCUACUUGCCGGUUGUGAUUUUUUCUUUAUCUAUAGGAUCAUCAAUUCUAGGAUUUAAAACUAUAUCAUUGUCGCGUGAUAGUUAUUAUUACAUCAUAAAUCAUAUUUAACUCAACAUUUCUCCAUGCUGCAAAGUUUAUGCAAGAUAGAAAUUCUAAUACAUCAAGUGUUUACUCUUUACACUCUUAUUUAUAAUAAUUUAUUACAGCAAAAUACAUGUUUUGUAUUAUUCAAUAUGUAAUACAUUAAUAGAUAUCUUAUAUUAUUACAAAAUAAAAUAUAGAUACUAUUCUUUUAUUUAAAAAGAAAAAAAGCAGAGUGCAAAGAGUUAUAAAUUUUAUCGACAUCAUGAAUGCAUAAAAAUAUUUUAAAACAUACACAUCACAUUGAAACUACAACACUGUAUUGUUAUUGUGCAUAUAAAUCAAAUUAAUUAUUUAAUAAUACAUUUUUAUAUGAUACAUAUAAUAUGUGCAUGAGCAAUAUAUUACAAGUAAACUUUAGCACUAUUCUGCAUAUACAGUACAAUUAUUAUAAAUAGUAAUAGUCAAAAUCUUUUUACAGAAUAUUGAAAGAAAACUGUUGAAAACAUUAGUAAGUGCUGUGAUUAUAAAAUUUACAUUUUGUCAGGUUCUGUAAUUGUUUUUGUACAUAAAAAAGGAUAAGACUGUUCCUAUGUCUUAAAUUUGCUUCUAUUUAACACAAUCACAAAUGCCAAAUUAUAACAUAAAUUAUAUGUUUAUAUAUUUUGUAAACUGUAUGAAAUUGUUUUUUAAUUUCUUAUGUUUCAGUACCAGCACAUUGUUAUUAAUGAAAUCAAUGUUCCUUGAUCUUUGAUAUUAAUUACUAUAAUUGAGUAUAUAUGUAUUUUAAAUGAAAAACUAGUACAUAUAUUUACAUCUGAUAUCUCUGUUUCAAUACAAUGUUUAAAGGGCAGGCUAAUAAGAAAUGUUAUUUACAUUAAAAUACAUUAAACAGUUUGUGGUUACUAUUUCAUUCGCUUUGCUUAUAUCUAACUAUACGACAUUUAAAACCGAUCGUUUCAUGAUGUUUUUCAAAUAUAGUUGUACUGAACAGUUUGUAUUAUAAUAUUUAUUAUGAAGGAAAAAAGGACGAAGAUAUUUAAUACUACAUUAAUGUAGACAAUAUUGUUAUUUCUGAUACAUUAAUUCAAUUUUGUACAUAAAAUCAUUAAUUGGUCAUUACUAUUAAAAAAAUAGAUAUAGUAUUCAAAAUAAACACAAUGUAUGUGUUAUGUAUAUUUAUACACAUAUUUUAGACUGAGAAAAUAUCUUAAUGUUGC